ACACAGGGGGUCACCAUGAGUUGGAGUAGUAGACUUGAUAGCAACUAACAACACCGACUAUUUCAAAAUAAAAAUUGUUUUUCAAACGAUGUCUUGGGCAGGACUUCAGAUAAGGCAGGACAGAAGUCAGGGUAGGUGGAGUCACACACACUGAGGUUCGCGUGCUGGGGGAAGAUGUCGUCAUUGAUGACUUCUUGUUUCCUGAGUCAGUUGUGAGGAGGAAACUGUGCACCAGGCAGUGCAGAGAUCCAAGAGGUUGGAGCUAAACUUCUACCCACACAUCCUGGAGACAAAUUGGGCAGGAAGAGAGCCACGAUUGCCCCAGCCCUGCUUCUUCCUUUGAUCCACAAAGCUGAAGACAGGAUUUUGAUUCAUAAGGGAUACAAUGCUCACAGAAUUCCUAUCCCUGCUUUGCCUUGGGCUGUGUCUGGGUUUUGAAGAUGAGAAAAUGAAUGAAAGACUUCCCAAGCCCGUCUUCAUGGCCUGGCCCAGCCCAGUAGUUGAAAGCAAAAGCAACGUGACUCUGAAGUGCAGGUCUCCGUUCCAGAAUACUACCUUUAGGCUGGGGAAGUUGAAUGACACUGGGCCCAAGCAACAGCUGAGCUCAGCGGGAAACAAUGCUGAACUCCUCCUUAUUGACCUGAAGCCUAAGGAUUCUGGGACUUACUUUUGCACCUACAAGACAACGGCCUUCCAAGGAUGGUCAGAGAGUGAAUGUCUACAUCUCGUGGUCACAGAUCCGUAUGCCGGAUACGGAGCUCCGCCACUAAAAAUAGACGGCAGAAGCCUCAUCUUUAUCACAACCUUCAGCUGCCUUUCCAUCUUCCUCAGCUUCCUCUCUGUCUUCAUCAUCUACAGAUGUGUUCCGAAUGAUUCAGCACGUGAAGAAUCCACCAGGAGAUCCCAUACUUCAAUGGGUUUCUCUCUCUCAGAACCAGCCAUUCUGAUUUUCCCAAGCAGGAGGCAACAGAUUUCUCCAAGCCAGAAAGGACAUCUCUCUUGGCUGAAGACCCCAAGGUGAACACAAGGGCACCAUGUGAAGCAGCUUAUGUCCCCACCAAGGAGCCCCUAGGAGCUUGUGAAUUACAACCCUGAAGGUGUAGAAGGAAGCCAGCAGGAACCACUGGAGAAGGACUUCUACGGGAAGGAGAGCCUGGAUUAAGACACCUGGGGUGCCUAGGAAUAUGGAAACCCAGUGUUCCUCACUCAUAAUCCAUAUUAAUCAAAAUAAUUUUCUCUCUUUUGCUUCCAUGCCUCUCAAAACUUACUGGGUGGGUUUUCAUGAAAUUUGGAGUGUGAGUUUAGGAUGAUGUGACUUAAAACAAAGGCUGAGAAGCAAAGAUUAUGAAUGGUUAUCAGGGGUGGGAGGGAAGGGAAAAGGGGGAGUUUUUGUUUG